AUGACAGGUGUUGAACCGGUGGUAAUAGCGCGUGGUGGAUACUCAGGGAUGUUCCCUGAUUCCAGCCAGUAUGCAUAUAGUUUUGCCAAGGAUACAAGCUUGCCCAAUACCAUUAUGUUCUGUGAUUUACAGCUUACCAAAGACAGUGUUGGUAUCUGCCAGUCAGCAUUAACGCUUGACAAUUCCACAAAUAUUCCAGUCGUCUUUCCAAAAGGACAGAAAACUUACAAUGUAAAUGGGCAAGAUAUUCGCGGGUGGUUUGCCUUGGACUAUACAGCUGAUCAGCUAUUCAAAAAUGUGUUUUGUAAGUCCUAA